GCUUUUUUCUCGACCUUUGCCAUUGCUACUACCAUAGAUGAACGCUGCCAUGGAGGACAAAGAAAGCGUAGCUCCUAAAGCCAACGUUGCCUUGGAGAAAAGAGUCUAUAUUGGCGGCUUGCCCAGAAGUAUGACAGCAGACGAUCUACAAAAUCGAUUCAAAAUGUUUGGAGAAAUCUCGGACGCAAGUAUAGCUAAGGAUACCGAAAAUCAAUGCCGUGGGUUCGGUUAUAUCACGAUACAAACGACCACAAAUCAGUGGACCAAAUGUCUCUCUGUGUACAAUAAUGCGAAGUGGAAAGGAGGAGUCAUGAAAAUCGAAGAUGCUAAGCCAGAAUACAAAGAAAAGCUGGAAGCAGAAAAGCAGGCACUAAGAUUGAAGCAAGAGAAAAAAGAGGAGAGAGCUUCCAAGAGACGGCGGAAUACCGAUGCAGAUGGUUUCAUUGCAAGAGAUAUGACUCUGGUUAACGACAAGAACGUUGAUGGACGGAAAGGUUGGAAACGAGGACGAUACGGAAGAGCGAUCGCAGUAAUGCGAUUGCAAAAGGACAAUGGAACCAAGGCAAGUAGCUUCGCUGAUAAGGCCAUUGCAUACCAAUUACCAAAUCUAAUUUAUAUCUAUUCUUUUCAGUUUGUUUUUGAUCCAUCGCAUUACAAAAAUAACCUGCUAAAGCUCUACGACAUCAAAGUUCGCAUGAAACCAACUCGAAGCUUGCCAAUGUUUUACGAGGAUAUCGACGAUACCAUAGAGUCAUACGAUCAUGCUAGUGACCAUGAUGAUAAUUAUGCCAUGCAAGAAGAUAGUGAAAAUGAAGACGAAGCUGUACAGAUCACAACUAAAUCACCUGUAUUACCGCCAAAGUUGACAAAGGAACAAGUGAACGAAAAGAGAUUACAGACCUUGGAACAAAGAGAGAUGGAAAGACACGAGGAGAAAGAACGUAUUGCUGCAAUGCUAGCUCAAGUUGAAUCAGGGAAACGAAAGGAUGGUCACAUAACUUUCGGUGACGAUGAUGAAAAAGCACCGAAAAACAUAGAGCAUGACAAUGACAGCGAUGAUGUUGUUGAGCAGCAUCAAUCGAAAGACGCUAUGAAAUGGAUGUUUGACUCUGAUGAAUCUGAUGACGAUGAUACCCCAGCCUUAAAUAUCAAUCCAGUGAUGGAAGGCGAGAAAGGCAGAGAACGACUAGAAUUACAGCGGACGUUUGGUGGUGAUGAGCGUUUCAAGCUGGGAGCUGAUUUCAUGGACGACGACAGUGACGAAGAGGAAUCAUGGAAUCAAGCAAAGCAAGAAGAUAACCUUGCUCGAGACGAAAUAGCGGCCGAACUAAAUCAAGAGAAGUCAACUUCACUUGAUGUACUGAAGGCCAUGUUCGGGGAAGAUAACAGAACAGUUCUGAGGGAAGCACCAAAGUCUGCGGGUUGGACACCUGGAUUACGUUUUGAUCCCGACGAAGAGGAUGCGGAUUUGCUUGUGGAUACAACGCAACCUGAAGAAUCCCAAAAUAAGGAAGCAGAACUCGCUCAGCAGCAAAAGGAAGUUCUUCCAGAAGUCUCGAGUGAUAAGCAUUUCCAAGUGAAUAUCAAUUUGAAGCCACUCUUCACACCAGGUGCUCAAGAAACGCCAUUUAAACUUUUCGGCGGGGAUUCCGAAACGGAAGAAGAAGAAGAAGAACCUGAAGAAAUAGAAGACGAAGACUCAUGCAGAACGCACCCUUCUUUUUCUUCCAUUUUGGAAAUCAAGAGCUAUCCAAACGAUCAACCUAUAAAGACGACGGUGUAUUUAUGCGCACGGACUCAAUGGAGAAAAUCACUGCUACUUGGGAGUCUGUCCGCCAAGAAUUGACUCAAGUGUUCAAGAAGAAGCACAAAUCCGCCACCAAGCUGAAGGCAAAGAUGAUGAGAGCUCAGCCCAACGGCAAAUAGGUUAUUUGAACGGGUUAAAGUAAAAAGUGAUAAUCCACUCUGGUGGAUCUCUUCGAACACAUACCGAGUUUGUCAAUGCACCGUAUUACUUUAUCUUUUGUGCGACCACGCGGUUUAUUUCUUUGUCCCAUUUCCAGUGAAAUAAAACGGCUGUAAAUAUCUCUUUACCUCUCCCCACUUAAGCUGACGAUAUAAGAGAGUACUUGCAAAGGGGAUUGCCCAUAUAGUUGAGACUGGUAACUUUUGAUCGAUUGAUUGU